AUGGAUACACUCUGUCAACGACUAGAAGUGCUCACGGGGCAGCUAUCACAGUCUAUCGGCGUUCUCAACCAACAACCACCUGUGCCAGCGAGCCAGAAUCAGCCUACUGAUCGUAUCUCGGCAGCCGAGGUCAUCAAAUCUUUGCCAGAACUUGCUGCAUUGUUAUCUCAAGCAACUGCAUCUCCUCGACAGGAAUCAAGAGCGACUGAAAACUCAAGUUCGUACGCAGGCGUUGCUGAAUUGGAUGUCAACGCAGACGUAAUAGACGAUGAAUUCGAAACGUCUUCAUCCAACAGCGAGGAUGAGAAUGAUGAUUUUACUUCUGUAGUCAGUACCUCCAGGUUGAGAAAAUCAGCCGCCGAGGAUCUUACCCAAGCAGGCGCCUUAGUACAAGAUUCCUACGGCCGCCCACGCUUUGUGGGUGGUGCAGCGAAUAAUCUUAUUGUUGAGGCCGCGAAAAGCCUUCUGCCGAAUUUGGCGACAACCACGCCCUCUUCUACAGGAGCCAGUCACGAGACGCCAAACUUACCAGACCUCGAGAUACCUUCAUUUGUUCAUGGAAAAGUCUGGCCUCCUCUUCCAACGACAUCGAUUUGUCUUGGCCGUCCUCUCGCGGUCAAAGAUGAAGACUGCUACUGUGAGCUACCAUUGGACGUACGCGAUGAGGAUGUAAUAUCUGGGAUCAAGAGCGGACACGCUGUCGACGUAGAAGCGACAACGAGCUCCAUGAGCGGCUUCUUAGCGUUUGCUAAACUCUGCCGGCUUGCAGGCAAGAUCCAAGAGUUCAGCUCUCCCCUGAACCUACAGAAGAUCGCCUCUGCAGAUGCAGAAAGAACUCAUAGGUUCUUGGCUCGCGUUGAUGCUCAUGAUCAGGCUCUUCGAAAGUGGCUCGAGAGUUUGCCCGGGGAAAUUCAAUUCUCAGCAAACAGAAAGAACAAGAGCCACGGGGAUAUAUCCAUGGUUCAUUGUGUGAUUACGUUUUUCCUACACGCAGGAUCUCUUAUUAACUUGUACCGAUACUUCCUGAACUAUCCCAAAGACUCCGCAGAACGAGACGAAGUGGACGUCUCGGGAGCCAUCGAUCAAUGCAUUAAUGCUGCACGAGGCUGUAUCUACGUCGCUGAUAUGGUUCGAGACUUGGUGCCAGCUUCACACCAUCUGGCUAUCUGCAUCCACUAUCUGACGCUGUCGGGUAUCAUCCUUCUUCGAGUGCCUAUCGAUCGCAGCAAUCCAGCUCUUUUGGAAGAUGCUGAGAAGUGUGCCCGAUCGCUUAAAGACAUAGAGCCUCGGUGGUCUGGUGCCAAAAGAAGCAGAGAAAUCAUUGAGAAAUUGCUAGUCCGACGCCGCAGCGAGAUUGCCGGAGACUCGCCCACCUGUCGUGGUAAUGAAAGCCGACAUUCACCCGAGAACGCCCGCAGGGCCAACAAAAGACCCUUUGCUGAUGUUGAGGUCGCGUCAUCCUCUCUGGUUGACGUUGCUAGCGGAAUCUGGAAUCCCAGCACCACCAGCUCCAUGCCAGAGACGACGCAUUAUGAUGGCUUUAUGCCACAAGAUUGCGCGAUUUCGGGCGUGGAGGUUUGGCAGGGAGAGCAGUUCGCUAAGAAGAAGCAGAAGUAA